ACCCAGAGAGAGCGUUGUGUCUGUCUGGAGGCAUCCUGCUGUGAUGGAGCGGCUGAGAGCCCUUCGAGGUCUCUUUGCCUGUGUGGGCUGCAUGCCCAGAAGCACACGUCGCGGGGAGAGAGGCAGGGUGGAAAGCCCUGUCCCCACCUGUGCCGUGACUUUACUGCUGCAGCGCCUGCAAGACCAGGAGGGUGAUCGAGAGCAGGCGUACUGCGAGCUGGAGCACGUCCUGGGGGAAGAGGACAGCCGCCCGCCGUGCGGAGUGGUGAACCGGCUGCUGGCUGAGGUGUCCCGGGACCUGACAGCAGCCCAGGGCGUGACGGACAGCGUGAGAAUGGCUGCCAGCAAUGUCCUGGUGGCUCUGGCCCGGACUCACUUCUCCAUGGUGAUGGCCGAGCUCCAGGGCCACCUGAAGGCCACACGGGAGAUGUGCAAGGAGUUUGUGCUCGUCACCCUGAGCAAACUCUUCAGCAUCUAUGCUCCACAGUGCAUCUCUUUUGUGUGGCUGACGCUGGCCGGCCUGUGCAGUGUGGUGGGCCGGGUGAGGAGCGGCCGGACCCUGCGCACUGCUUGUGCUGUUGUGAAACAAUGGAUGGAUGGCAUCAAGAUUCACUUGUCCUCUGGAAAGCACUGCCCCUGGCCUGCCACAGAGAAAGAACAAAUGUAUGAGAAUCUUCAUGAGCUCUUCUUCUUUGUGGUCAGCAACUGGCAGGACUGCAAGGAGGAAGAGGACAGACAGGCUGUUCUCGGGGCUGUGACUGCCAUGAUGACUGUCCUCCUGCAAGAGGAGCUGCCUCGAGAGCACGUCUGGGAGCGGCUCCUCUGGCUCGUGCACCCGUGUCGGGAGAUGCAAGACACCUGCAGGGUGGCCAAGAGCCUUCAUAUGUUCCUGGAGGCCUUACCGGGAGUUCAGUCUGUCAUCCCUAAGGACAAGUUUCUGGCCGUCACCAGUGCCGUGUUCUAUCAGCUCUCUGAUGACGCCAAGCAGCACAGCGAGGCUGACAGAGCAGAGCUGACCCGCUGCAUCCUGCUGCAGGCCCAAAUCUGCCCAGAGGAAACAGUCCUGUUUCUGCAGUCGCAGCUAGGCGAUGAGUGGGAGGCUGGAUGCGUGGCAGCCCUGGGUCUGCUCGGCACUCUGGCUCGCUCUGAUGAGCCCGCAAUGACAGAGAAGCUGCCGCAGAUUACAGAGGCUGUGCAGCGUGUGUGCAGUGACCCCAGGACCCGGGUGAGGAGGGCCGUGCUGCAUUUCACUGAGGAUCUGCUCAGUGCUAAUGCCUGGAGCUGCUCAGCCUGGGAUGUGGUGGGGCACAUCUUCUGGGAGUUCAGCCGCACCACGGGAAGAAGGGCAGCCGGAGACCUUUCCGCCCAGGAAGCCCAGGAAGAGGGAGCUCUCCAAGAGCUGUGCAUCAACAUCCUGGGGUCACUGGAUGUCUCUGCGAGAGGGAUCUCCAAACUCCUGUGGCCAAGGCUGCUGCUGUACGUGGUGCCAGCCCAGUACACCGGCAUGCUGAUCCCAGUCUCCCGCUGCGUCCAAGCCCUGGCCAAGAGAGGGGAGCUGACGGUGCAGGACAUGGAAGAUCUGGAUCCCCACUUCCUCAGCUCCAUGUUUCAAGGCCCACUGCUGACUCCCCAGACACUGCUGGCACGUCUGCUGGUGGUGGCAGGGAGCCCUUCUGCAGGCAGCGAACUCCAAGCCGCUGCCUUGCUGCUCCUGCAAAACCUCCACAGCAAGAUCCACAGAGCUGUGGGGACCAAGUGGGCUGCUGAGAUCCCCCUGCUGCUGCAGCGCCUUGAAGGGAAAGAUGAGAGCUUCCCCAACUCUGAAGAGUGGGAGCACCUUCUGCUAAAGUUCCUGAGGGCAUCGCUGGACGUUGUGGAGGACGAGGCCUGGACCAAGGCCCUGAGCUGCGAGCUGAGCCGGCGGCUGAGCAGCUCUGCCAGCAGCUCUGCAGAAAAGACCUUCCUCUACAAGGCUCUGGGUGCCGUUCUGGGAGCUUGUAAGGAAGUCCUCCAUGUCCAGGAGAAGCUGCUGCAGCACCUGGAGAAAUCCAAUGCAGAGGAGCCAUCUGAGGCCCAGGGAAUGAUCUCUCUUGUCAGCCAUGCUGCUGACAGCAACUUCCACACAGUCCUGGACACACUCACCAUGUUUGCGUCCAGGCUGUGCAAACGCCGCAAUGGGAGGAUUUCCAGGCGCAAGAAGAAGCACAGCCUGAGCGCAGAGCCAGGGCUUGGACAGGGUGGUUGGUGUGCAAUUUAG